ACCAGCACAAAAAAUCCUGCUGUGUGUCGUCACAAUUCUCAAACACAACGCAGUCGGAGUUACGCACCAGUUACAGCAGUACUGUUCAUAUUAUAGGUGAUUUCAGUCAUCAUAAUGUAUUGUUUUAAAUCGCUAUAUUUGACAUAACACUGCAGAAAUGUUUCAUGUAUUUGUACAGUUUGGACAUCAUUGUUAAUCAAACAUAUAACGGGUAAUAAGAAUAAUAAUUUUGUGCGCUAUAGUAUUACAAAUUUAAAUGAGCACAUUUGCAAAGAUGUUGAGAUGCUCAAAAUGUAGAAAAAUCUAAGAACCCCCCAAAAAAAUGAAUGAAUUCUCUCACAAGUGGGAGUUGUAAAGUGAUGCGUUUAGGACCUUCGUGUAUAACUGGGACACUCAUCAUUUACUUUUACUAACUCGCACAAAAACAAAAAGGAACCACAAAAUAAUUCAUCUCCAAAAGUUCACACAGUAAAUUGUUGCCAUUAUUUUAACAAAUCAACCAUUUCUUCAUCUAAAAUGCCGUCCGUCCCCGUUUUCAAAAGCGUUGAUCGCGUGAGAGUGACGAUUUAUCCCAGGCUACAUGAAAGCAUCAGCACGCGGGGCUUGUGCUGUGGCGGCAAUUCAGGCAAACAUGUAAUGAUGGCGGAGCUUCAAAUGCUUCUCGAGGAGGAGAUCCCCGCAGGGAGAAGGGCCCUCCUUGACAGUUUUCCCAACCUGGAUAGGGUGGCCGAGUACUGCGAGACCAACUAUAUCCAGGCCUCGGACAAGCACGGAGCCCUGGAGGAGACCAAGAGCUACACGACGCAGUCCGUGGCCAGCGUGGCCUACCUCAUCAACACUCUGGCCAACAACAUGCUGCAGAUGCUCGACAUCCAGACGUCACAGUUGCGGUGCAUGGAGAGCUCCGUCAACCACAUCGCACAGACGGUGGGCAUCCACAAGGAGAAGGUGGCGAGGCGGGAGAUCGGCGUGCUGACCGCCAAUAAGAACGCCAGCCGCGCCCACAAGAUCGUGGCGCCGCCCAAUCCCGAGAGGCCGCUGCGCUACGUCCGCAAGCCGGUGGAUUUCGGCGCGCUGGAUGACGUCGGGCACGGCGUCAAGUGGUUGCUGAGGUUGAAGGUGAACGGGUCGGAGAACAUGAAGGGGCCCGGGUCCAGCCCCCCAAGCCAGAAAGCCCCCAGCCCCCCCAGGGCGAGACGCAGCAUCUUUGGGAAGAGCUCCCCCUACAGGACCCUGGAGCCCGUGCGGCCUCCGGUGGUCCCCAACCACUACGCUUGCAGCACCACUACCAGGAACCCCAACGACAACAUGGCUGCUCACAGCCCUCGCCCGCGCACGUACAGCGGCAGUAGCGGAGGGAGUCACCCCAGCGGCAGCAGUCGGAGCAGCAGCAGAGAGAACAGCGGCAGCGGGAUCCCCGUGGCGACGCCAUCCCCGCCCGCCAUCUUUCCAGUCUCCCCGAGCGCCGGACCCGCUAGCUCGUCUUCUAGCGCCCCCAACUCUUCACCGACCUCCUCUUCCUCCUUCUCAUCAUCCUCUUCAUCCUCCGCAACCCUCACCCUGCCGCCGUCCUUGCCGCAUGUCCCCCCGCCCUCUCCGUCCAAGCCCAACGAGAUCCCCGGCACCGCCUACAUCCUACCUUCACCACCUCCCUCCCCCAACUCCUCUUCACCCAAGGAAGGUGGAUUGGUGCCUCAGUUCUUCAGCAUGAACCGCCCUCAGCCUCGCCAGCAGACGCCGCAGGUGGGCGGCUCCCUGCCCUACCGCCGUCCGCCCUCUGUCACCGGACAGCCGCUCGGCACGCAGAGUGACCAGGUCAACGGCGGGCCCUACUUCAACGGCCAAAGCCCGGCCUCUCCGCCACCCUCCCUCCUCCAAUUCACUCCUCAACUCCCUCUCAUGGGCUUUGUGGCUCGCCUUCAGGAAUCCAUCUCAGACGGGGCAACAUCCCUCCGGCCGGCUUCGGAAGAGACAGCGUCCGCUCGGGCCCCCCAGGAUGACGACGUCCAGGGGGGUGAGGGGGACUCUGCGGUAGUCGAGUACCACGACCCGUAUGCAGAGGAAGAUCCCCCCUGGGCUCCCAGGAACUACCUGGAGAAAGUGGUGGCUGUCUACGACUAUACGGCCGACAAGGAGGACGAGCUGUCUUUCCAGGAGGGCGCCAUCAUCUACGUACUGAAGAAGAAUGAAGACGGCUGGUUCGAAGGCGUUAUGAAUGCCACCACCGGACUCUUCCCCGGGAACUACGUGGAGUCCAUCAUGCACUACACAGACUGAGGUUUUUUUUUCCUACCCACAAGCCCUUGCUCUUACAGUGACGGUGCCUCCGAGCCUUGUGUUGUUGAUGUUGUGAAGUGGAUCCCGGUGGGCAAUUUAUCUACCCUUGAAGUUUACAGUGUCUUUGCGUGCAGGUGUACUGUGUUUACAUUUAUAUACGUACAGUAUUAAAAGCCAUAUUUUAUAUUUUGUUCUUUGCUUUAU